CACUAUCACAACAUUGUUUUCAUAGAGAAAGAAAGAGGGUUGCAUCAAAGAAAUUGCAGACAGAAUUUGUUUACGUCUUCACUUUUCAUCCCUGAAAGCACUACUAAGCAUAUACCGCGUCUCAUCUCUGUCUUUAUAUAUAUAUAUAUAUAUAUAUAAAGUUUCUUCUAUAUAUCACCAUAAACUUUUUCAUUCCAAUUCUCUGAUUUCAACACUUAACAACGUCAAAGAAAGGGAAAAAAAAUGGAUUAUUACGGAUACCCAUCUCGUGUUUCUAUGUCUUCAAUUUCUUUGUUAGGGAAUUUCACUGAAAAGGUUAAAGAAUUUUGCAAUUCCGCCCUUUCUGCCAUUAUUGGGAACAUUUUCUCUGCCAUCUUAACCUUCUUCUUUGCGUUGGUGGGAACAUUGUUAGGGGCCAUGACGGGGGCAUUGAUAGGACAAGAGACGGAGAGUGGGUUCGUUCGAGGGGCUGCGGUUGGGGCAAUAUCUGGAGCAGUUUUCUCGAUGGAAGUCUUCGAAUCUUCUCUCCUUCUUUGGCAAUCCGAUGAAUCCGGGAUCGGAUGUUUACUCUACUUGAUUGAUGUGAUUACAAGCCUUCUAAGUGGGAGACUUGUUCGUGAACGAAUCGGUCCGGCUAUGCUGAGUGCAGUCCAGAGUCAGAUGGGUGCUGCUGAGCCUGCAACAACAUUCGCGGAGGUCCACAACAUCUUCGACACCGGUAGUGCUAAAGGAUUGGCCAGACAUUUGGUUGAAAAAUUCCCGAAGAUGAUAAUCACAAACGGUAACAAUGUGAAUGCUUCCGGGGAGAAAGUUUCAUGCUCAGUUUGCCUUCAGGACUUUCAGCUUGGAGAAACAGUGAGGAACUUGCCACAGUGCCAUCACAUAUUCCACCAGCCGUGCAUAGAUAAGUGGCUGCUUUGUCGUGGUUCUUGUCCAUUGUGUAGAAGGGAUAUGUAAUGUUAUUAUUGUAAACUAAACUAAACAAUACGAGUUGAGAAGAGUUGUUUAUAUUUGAUUUAUAACAUUGUUUACUUGCCAGGGCUUGUGUGUAUUCUGAUUUAGUUUAUUAAAUUCAAAUGUUUGCGUA